AUGGACUCGGACUCCAUCCCCGUCACCGGCGUCGACGACCUUGACAAGCACCUGCAAGAUCUGCUAGCCGACCCCAGUCUCCCUCUCCAGGCUAAGCUCUUUGACGAUGUCGAGCUGCAGUUGACCGAUGCCAACAUCCCACCCCUGAUCCCCCGCCUGCUCCCCAAGAUCACCGACAUUCUCAAGCAGUACCAGCAGGACCCGGCCAUGCUCUGCUCGCUUGCUAUCCGCCUCCUGCGGCCCCUGAACUUCACCCAGGUCAUGUCCCUGGCCUCGGAGGAUGCCAUCAUACAAGCCCUCAGAUCCCCCGCCCCGUCGGCCAAUCUCCUCGCCAUGGCCGUGCUCGAGAAGGCCGCCAAGUCCCCGAGCGAGGCUGCCAUAUUGGCCAUGAUGAAGAAUGUCAUCUCCAACUUCAUCGAACAGUGGCUUGGCGCUCCGCAGGUCGAGGUCGGCGAGAAGGGCUCGAGGGUGCUGGGCGACCUCCUGGACGUCGACUGCGACACGAGACCGCACGACGGCCUCUCCCUCAACGGCAUGGAGAUCGCUGUGAGGAGGCCCCCGGGCCAGGGCCUGCUGUGGCGGAGGAUAUUCCAGGACCGCGACAUCUACGGCCUGCUGCUGUCCCUCUGCAGUGUCGGCCCCCACCAGAACGCCGACGGCGGGCUGAGCGCCCAGCAGCUCACCCUGGCCCAGGGCCGCCUCUUCCGUGUCAUGCCGCGCCUUGCGGCUCUGAACCUUGGCGCCGUGGCGCGGACCGACUUCUCGGACCUCAACCAGAGAUACGUCCACGUCGACGGUAACCAGGGGCUGUUGCACUUCACCGCCUUGCACAUGAUCGACAAGGAGGACAUGCUGAUGCACCUGACCCUCAUCGACUUCUUCGAGACCCUGCUGAGCAUACAACGCAUCACGCCCUUCUCCACCUUCAAGAUGGAGACCUUGCAGAAGCUUUUGCGCGAUGCGACUGCCCAGGACACUGCCUUGAAGGCGGCCAUCCUCAGCUUGCCGGACCGGACCGUGCCAGAGGAGGCCGGUGACUUGAGGUCAUUCAUUGGCAGCCUGAUCCGGCCUUGA